UGAGAAGCGUCGUGGCGUGAAGGUUCGUUUGUGUCGACAUUCAUUGGGGAGGACAGUGUGUGGACUUGAUCAAAGAAGGAAAAUGGAAGAGAGUUUGCCGAAGAGCGGUGACAGCAAGCUGGACGAAAGUGUUGAUCAGUGGCUGUUGUUUGACAAGAACCCUCACACGGUGUUGAUGGUGCAGAACAUGUUAAAGGAGGGAGCAGUGGAGGCACUGCGAAAGUGUUUCUCCACCAGGAUGGAGUUUGGUACAGCUGGUCUGAGAGCAGCUAUGGGCCCCGGUACAUCCUGUAUGAAUGACCUCACUAUCAUCCAGACCACACAGGGUUUCUGUUUCUACCUGGAGCAGUCUUUUGAGAACCUCAAGGAAAGAGGAGUGGUAAUCGGAUAUGAUGCCCGAGCCCACCCUCCCAGCGGAGGUAGCAGUAAGCACUUUGCAAGCCUGGCUGCAGCAGUAUUCAUCAGCCGAGGAGUCCCUGUCCAUCUCUUCUCUGACAUCACCCCAACACCAUUUGUGCCUUUCACAGUUUCCCACCUGGGUCUGUGUGCUGGUAUCAUGAUAACUGCCUCUCACAACCCCAAACAGGACAACGGCUACAAGGUGUACUGGGAAAAUGGUGCCCAAAUUGUAUCUCCUCAUGACAAAAGUAUUUCAAAAGCCAUCAUCAAAAACCUGGAGCCUUGGCCUGAGUCCUGGAACUCAGAUGAGGCCCUCAAGAACCCUUUGCUCCAAGACCCCUAUCAAGAAAUCUGUACUCAGUACUUCAAGGCCAUCCAGAGUCUUUGCCAUCACAGGGAAAUAAACAAGCAAUCACAGGUGAAAAUCGUACAUACAUCGGUGCACGGUGUUGGCCAUACAUUUGUCCAGUCAGCUUUCAAGGCCUUCGACCUUCACCCUCCAUAUGCUGUCGAGGAACAAAAGGACCCAGAUCCUGAAUUUCCCACUGUCAAGUAUCCCAAUCCCGAGGAGGGAGAGGGAGUCCUGAGUCUGUCAUUUGCUCUGGCAGAGAAGAAGGGAGCCACUGUGGUGUUGGCAAACGAUCCAGAUGCUGAUCGACUGGCUGUUGCUGAGAGAAAGAAGAGUGGAGAGUGGCGAGUGUUCAGUGGUAAUGAGUUGGGAGCUUUGCUUGGCUGGUGGAUAUUCCGAUGCUGGAAACAGCAAAAUUCUGAAGCUGCUGCCGUUAAAAAUGUCUACAUGUUGUCCAGCACAGUCUCAUCCAAAAUACUCCGUGCCAUUGCCCUCAAAGAAGGCUUCCACUUCGAGGAAACACUGACAGGAUUCAAGUGGAUGGGGAACAGAGCAAAAGACCUUUUGGACCAGGGAAGGACUGUCCUGUUUGCCUUUGAGGAAGCCAUAGGUUAUAUGUGCAGUCCUGUUGUACUGGAUAAGGAUGGAGUCAGUGCUGCCGCCAUAGCAGGAGAGAUGAUUUCAUAUUUGGCAACUAAAAACACAAGCCUUUCUCAGCAGCUCACCGCCAUCUAUCAAGAGUAUGGCUAUCACAUCAGCAAGAACUCUUACUUCAUCUGCCAUGAUCAGGAUGUGAUCCACAAUCUCUUUGAGCGCCUGCGUCACUAUGAUGGCCAAACAAACACGUACCCAACAAUAUGCGGCAGUGUCUCCGUAACUGCAGUACGAGACCUGACCACUGGAUACGACAGCAGUCAGGCUAACAAAAAGGCUAUUCUGCCCACUUCCAAAUCCAGUCAGAUGAUUACAUUCAUCUUCUCAAAUGGAGGCGUGGCCACCAUGAGGACCAGUGGAACGGAGCCAAAAAUCAAAUAUUACACUGAACUCUGUGCUGCUCCUGGUAACAGUGAUGUGGCUUAUCUACAGAAGGAACUGAACAACUUGGUCGACAACAUGGUUGAGAACUUCUUCCAGCCAGAGAAGAACAAGCUGCAGCCCAAACCAGAGUAACACUGACUUUAAAAAGAAAAUAAGUAUACCGUAUCUACUCUAUUAAAAGGCCCCCUCUCUAAUAAAUUGAUUGAUUUUUUUUUGGGGGGGGGGGGUUAUUCCAAAUAGUGAAAUUUUGAAUUCCUGAGAGAACAGAGUAAAAUGAAUUAGCCAUUCCUCAUUGCCACUACAAAACAUAAGCGAUUCAUGUUAAUUGGUGUGGUGUGCUGUGUAACAGCAGCUGAAGUUCACACUUUGUGGCUACUGUCUAAGACGGUCACAGCCCUCCUCUGCCGAAGCCUCUGCGUCAUCUUCACUUUCUUUCACAUCCAACUCGGGGAGGGCAUACUUCAGGAAUUUAUCCACCUUGUUAUCAGUCAGUUAUUUUGAGUGCUAAGCAACAUGUGGAUCGUCAGCUUAAUAUGUUAUGUCGUGCCACAAACUUCAAAUAUCAGCCAUUUGAAGCUCUGAAGUUCUGGUUUCCAUCUUGCUUAUGCAACCGCAGUGCCUCAUAUUUCAGACACUUCCCUGUCAUGCGAAUGCCUGCUGUUCUUCUUUCCUGGAACCAUUUUAACAGCUCCUUUUCAAUAUCCCGAUAACGCACUUUCUUCCCCCCACCAGGCAGCUGUUUUGUUGUUUUGGCCAGAGUUGCAAGGUUAUCCUUGUUCCUACACCAUUCUCAGGUGCGUUUCUUAGCAACUAAGAAAAUACAACUAGCAUGGUGCUUCCCUGCUGCUUCUUUCACAACUUUUAGCUUGAAUGCUGCUGAGCAGCAACAUUGGCGCUGAGCCAUUUUAUGUAAUUGUGUAGCAACUACUCCAUGCAGAAAACAUUCGUUUCCAAUCUGUGCUGCUUCUCCUGCUUGCAGUACACAUGUACGUACAUACCGUAAGGCCAUACUGUGUACAGCAUGCAUGCACAUGCAAACAAUAGUCAAUAACCCCCCCCCCCCCCCCCCCCCCCCCACACACACACACACACACACACACACACUUACUUUCAGGUUAAUUUCAGGCCACUAGGGUGUUUAAUAGAGUAAAUACGGUAUAUCAGUGUGUACAUUCAGGAUUGUUUGUGACUAUCAUUUGGAACCAUAGUUUUAUGAGAUUCCUGAACUAAAAUAUGGCUCAGUUUCAUUUCAAACAAAUUUUCUGACAGAUUUCGCACAUUGUUGCUCUUUGGACCAGAGACAGAUUUGGCCAUCACAUUGUCUCAUUUGUACCUAUUUGAUGAUCUGCAGUGUUUAGGUCAGCCUCAAAUGUCCACUUUGAAUUUGUUGGGGUACAUGGAGAUGGAAGG